AUGGAGAGCGCAGCCAAAAUCGCCGGGACAGACAAAAACAUGGUGAAAGAGAAGCUCAAUGAGUUACCAGAUGACCUACUCUUGAAGAUACUCUCAAAGCUUCCGUUUUUUAAGGAGAGCGUUGCAAGAAGUCUCAUAUCAAAACGUCACGAGGAACCUUGGAAACUUGUGCUAGACGUCACAUUCAAAGAUGAUAACGAGGAGAGUCGCGCGACUUACAUGAAUUUUAUUUACGUUUCGUUCUUGUUUGACGGUACUCAGACUCUAGAGAGGUUGCAUCUCAAGCUUGUCCGAAAUUAUUCUGCUUCCGACAUCAACAUUUGGGUUCAAGUCGCGGUUGAUAUAUCUGUAAGAAAGCUGAGAUUUGACGUGUACUGGGGAACGCUAAAAUUGCCGAGGUGCUUAAAUAAUUCGACAACCCUAAAAUCGUUGAUACUCCGUGAAGUAACUAUCAGUCAUAUUCCGUUUGGGUUCUGUUUGCCAUCUCUUAAAAGUCUCCACCUUUUCUCCGUUAGGUUCUCGCAAAAGGCAUCUAUCAAAAGGCUUUUACAAAGUUGCCCGGAUCUUGAAUACUUGGUUAUAAACCAAGCCAAGUAUCUUGACGUUUGGAAUUUUGGUGGUCCUAGGGUUUGUUUGUCCUCACUAAAAAGUCUGCACCUUUUAUUAGCUACGAAUUACGACAGUAGUCGUGAUUCUCUUACACUUCUUCUGCAAAGUUGUCCGGUUCUUGAAUAUCUGGUCGUAAGAGAAACUGAUCGUUUUUCGAUUAUUUGGGAUCUACCACCUGAGUCUUGUCUGUCAUCAAUCAAAAGUCUGCACCUUUCAUCUGUCAAACUCUUGAAUGAUGAAUCUAUUGCAACGCUUUUUGAAAGGUGUGCAGCUCUUGAAGAUUUGGUUAUAAACCGAACCAGAGAUGACAAUGUCAGAGUUUAUAAUAUCAAUGUGCCUACUUUGAAGAGCUUAACUAUCAAUAACACAAGAGAGAAACAUACCGAUGAUGACAACAAGGUGAAGGAGAAUCAUGGGUUUUUGAUAAAUUCUUCUGCUUUGGAGACUUUGAACAUUAAGGAUACUGUGAGUAACUUUCUUAUCCUUGAAUUUAUGCCCGAGGUAACCAAAGCAAAUAUUGAGGUCAUCUGUGACAAAUCUGAGAGUUUCAUUGGAUCUCUUACCUCAAUCCAACAUCUUUCUCUAUGUUCUCCAACUUCUGAGACUCCAUAUCGCCGUGGCUCUGUCUUUCCCUAUCUGGAACAUCUAGAGCUAUGUACAUGUUCUCCGGGAUGGGCCAAUCUUCUUGCUUCUAUACUCAAUAACGCUCCAAGGCUCCAAUCUCUCAAGCUUAAGUCGAAUCAUAGUCCCCCUCGCAAUGAUCCGAAUAACUUUUGGAACGAACCAGCAGUUGUUCCGGAAAGUUUAUUGAAGCAUCUAGAGAUCUUUGAAUGGAGACAAUAUGAAGACACAGUGCAGCAUUGGAAAAUGGCUGCGUAUAUACUAGCAAACGCUACUUGUCUAAAGAUGGCCUCAUUUUCAACAAGAUGUAGGGACAACCAUCAUGGCAUGCUCAUGCAGAUAAAGCAACCGAACAGAGUGUCAGAGACAUGUCAGUUAGUUUUCGAGUAA